AUGAUGCACACGCUCCUAGUCACCGGUCUCAUGGCCGCCAGCGCCUCCGCCCAAGCCAGGUAUGCGUCCGACGGCUUCCAAUACGUCGGCUGCGUACAGGCCAAGGCCUGCGAUUUCCCAGUCAAGAUGGAUCUGGGCGAUUCCUUCACCGCCGCCCAGUGCCAGCAGGCCUGUGGCAAGAACGGCUCCUACGCCGCGGCCGGCGUCAACGGCUGCUACUGCGAGGACCCCGUGUCCCGCGCCGCCCCCAAGUACGGCGUGACCGACGACUCGAGGUGCCCCAAGGCCUGCAAGCCGGGCGACGACAAGGCAGGACACUGCGGCGGGCCGAGCCCAGCAGACGGAGAGCAGCUGUACAACCUCUACAAGCGUGUUCCCACGGAGCCGGCCGGCCCAAACGCCUCCGUGACCCGUCUUACUGACAAGCCUGGCGCUGCUGCUGGAGAUCCCACGCCCACGGCUCUCCGGACGACUGCCACGCACCCCGCCGAAACUGCCAAUGCCGCCGGGACCAGAACCGAAGAGCCUCACGCGGCAUCCUUCAGGGAACCUACUUCGUCGGCGGCCGAAUCAAGGGGCGGAGUGGCCUACUCGAACGACACGGCCCCUCUUCCUCCCACACCUACUGCUAGACACGGAGGGGACGAGCCCUCUGCGUCUCAUCCAUCCGGCCCCUGCAGGGGGCGCGAAUGCCCGGAGACGGAGACGCCUCCUCCGCUUUCGUCCAACGCUGCUCGGGCUACUGCUGCCGACAGCAACCCCAGCAGCCCUAGCCACUCGGUCAUUGUCAGCGAGGGCCCGUCUCAACCUGUGAGUGCCAUCACGAUAGUCCUGGGCAUGGCGGCUCUUGUUCUCGCCAUGGGCAUGUCUUGA